UUGGGGUAGGCUGCGCGCCGGAUAUAUCUAGCCGGCGGCAGAGCACGCCGUUGCGUGAGGUGCUUCUCGUCCGCCGGGCAGGCCUUUGGUGAAGCGACGCCUCCCGCGCCCGUCCCGCUCCGCCCGCAGUUUUCAGUUGACCAAAGAAAUGGUGAUGGAGAAGCCAAGUCCCCUGCUGGUCGGGCGGGAAUUCGUGAGGCAGUACUAUACUCUGCUGAACCAAGCACCUGACUAUUUGCACAGGUUUUAUGGAAAGAACUCUUCCUAUGUCCAUGGUGGCUUGGAUUCCAAUGGAAAACCAGCUGACGCAGUCUAUGGGCAAUCUGAUAUCCACAAGAAGGUGCUGUCACUAAACUUCAAGGAUUGCCACACAAAGAUUCGUCAUGUGGAUGCCCAUGCUACUCUCAAUGAUGGUGUUGUAGUCCAGGUGAUGGGAGAGCUCUCCAAUAACAUGCAGCCCGUGCGCAGAUUCAUGCAAACAUUUGUACUUGCACCUGAGGGUUCUGUUGCAAACAAGUUUUAUGUCCACAAUGACAUCUUCCGCUACCAAGAUGAGGUUUUUGGGGACUCUGACACUGAGCCUCCAGAGGAAUCAGAGGAGGAAGGGGAGGAACCUGAAGAAAGACAGCAGACACCUGAGGCUGUUCCUGAUGAUACUGGUGCUUAUUAUGAGCAGGCUGUCAGCAAUGACAUUGAGGAACAUCUGGAAGAGACGGCUGCAGAGGCAGAGCCUGAGCCAGAGCCAGAACCUGAACAGGAGCCUGAACCAGAGGUGCAGGAAGAAAAAUCUGAGCCGGUAUUAGAGGAGUCGGCUCCAGAAGAGACUGUGGAAAAGAGUCCUUCUCCAGCUCCUGCUGAUCCAGCUCCUGCAGUGCAAGAGGACUCCAGGACAUUUUCCUGGGCAUCGGUAACCAGUAAGAACCUCCCUCCCAGUGGAGCUGUUCCAGUAUCAGGAAUACCACCUCAUGUUGUGAAAGUACCAGUCUCGCAGCCCCGCCCUGAGGCAAAGCCUGAAUCUCAGACCCCACCUCAGAGACCUCAGAGGGAUCAGCGAGUGAGGGAGCAACGAACAAGCAUCCCACCACAGAGGGGUCCUAGACCAAUUCGUGAGGGUGAACAAGGCGAUGUGGAAACUAGACGGAUUGUGAGAUACCCAGACAGUCAUCAGCUGUUUGUUGGGAACCUUCCCCAUGAUGUGGAUAAAACUGAACUUAAAGACUUUUUCCAAAAACUUGGCUUUUCUCUUGCAGGCUAUGGCAAUGUUGUUGAACUCCGCAUCAACAGUGGUGGAAAGCUUCCCAAUUUUGGGUUUGUGGUGUUUGAUGAUCCUGAACCAGUUCAGAAGAUCCUUAGCAGCAGGCCCAUCAUGUUCAGGGGAGAGGUGCGCCUGAAUGUGGAGGAGAAGAAAACACGAGCUGCCAGGGAGGGUGACCGCAGAGAUAACAGACCACGUGGACCUGGAGGCACUCGUGGGGGGCUGGGAGGUGGGAUUCGAGGGCCUCCACGUGGAGGAAUGUCCCAGAAGCCAGGAUUUGGAGCUGGAAGGGGGAUCGGGCAACGCCAGUGAAUGCAUCAUGGAUGUUGACAUGGUGGCGCAAACCCUUUUUCCUGCAGAUUUGUGAAUUUCAGCCUUGGGUAUCUUGGAAUGUGGCCCUAGCCUGUAUAGACUGCUACGUUUGAUACUAUUUUGGCCCCUUUUUGUUUGUGUUAUGGUUUUGUGAUUAUUUUUUUCUAGUCCUUGUCCCAGAUUCCAGCUUUGUGGAACAACGUUUUAGGAAAAGUGGAUUUUAAAAAGAACUGAAUUUUCUUGUUCACCUCAAACUUACGGACUGGAUUUUUUUUGGUACCAGUGGUCUUUCCUAAAGGAAUGUCUCUUUUAUUUUUUUCUUUUUCUUUUUUCCUCCCCCCUUUCUACUGAAUUUGGGUGCAUUUCAGUCAAUGGAAUAAUAUUUCACGUGCAUGCGUUCAAGAGCCUGUAGGAUAAUAUAGUACUUGGCAAGUAUUUCAAGGGCAGAAAAACAAAACUAUCGAUUUAUCCUUUGAGGGUCAUACGAACAUCCUCUGGUCCGGAGAUCUUGCCACUUGAAAAAUUGACAUUCACCUUUCUCUUUGUGGCGCUGUAAAAGUGGAAUAAUGGGUAUCCGUAGAAUCUUUUUUCUUUUGAUACAUGAUCACGGAAAGGAAUUCGAACUACUGUUUUACCACUUAAAUUUUGGAUUGUGGGAUAGGUUUUAAAUGUCUAGAACUUGACUCUUAAAACACUUUUCCUGAACUUGUGAAAUUUUUUAUUGAAAUAGGGAGUUUUUUUCAUGUUUAGUUUGUAUUUGUAUAAAAAAAGCAAAAUUGUUGUGCCUUCUAUUUAUCUCUCAUUCCAGUCUUGGCAAAUUGUUUAAAAAAAAAAAAAAAUAAAAAAGGUCUAGAUUUGCUUUAUCAAGUCAAGAGUAUGUUGGAGUUUUUCCAAGGGGAAGAGGUUCUUCCUUCAGUCACUAGGUUUACUAGGUAGACUUGGUUAUAGCUGAAGUUUUUAACACCUUCUGUUCAUCGGUUUGGCUGCAUUUAAAUAAUGGAAAACAAGUACUUUUUGGAUGCAGAAUUUAAUAAGUUUGAUUUGAGACCGGGCAGGCCCCAUUACAAAUGUUGCAAAAGUAGAACUUCUGUCACAUCCUUUACAGUUCAAACUACUGUAUGUAAUAGAGUUAUUUUUCCAGUUUAGGCAUAAUUUCAUCCCCUGCUUCUGCCAGACCUGAAGUGGAUAGAUGGCAUUUUUGUUGGAAGUACAGAAGGUGCCUGUCUGUCCUGGUAUUAAAAAACAUUGAACGCUCUCCACUGCCUCUGAAAGAAGAUGAAACUGAAAAUAAAAAAUAGAAAACUGGGUAAUUUCACUCAAAGAUCUUGUAAGAUUGUACUGCAUAAAGCAGUAUUACUUCUGUAAUAUGUGGUGUUAAACAUCUGGAUGAAAAUGGCAGUUUUGAGUCCCCACCAGACCUUUCAGAGCUCUUGGGAAUAUGAAAGAGCUGCUUAGUAAGUUUGCUUAUAUGUGCCAGGGUUCAUUGUUUCUGGUUUUUUGAUUCAUUAACACAACUGCUGUGCAUAUGCAGUAUAUAUCUCUUGACGUGUGCUUGCUUUAAAGCUAGAGCAAAGCUGCCCUUGCCCAAAGGGUGGAUAGGUAUUACCUGUUCCAGAACAGUAAUUUUUGCCUUUUACUUGCCAAACCUAGUGGUUGAGCCUGGUUAUACUGAAUGUCAGUAGAGUUUUGGUUUCUGUUUUAUUUUAGUUUCAUCUUCAGAGUUGUGUUACGCUAUUUGUCCCUUCCCUCAUGAAUGUUUCUCAGAUUGACUUGCUUACAAUCUAUUCCCGAAGACUUAAAUAUCUUCGUGAAUCGGAGGAGGGCUAAGUGUGACAGCAAUAGCUGUGGUAUGCUCUCUCACAGCCAGCAUACUGGAAAUACAUACUGCUUCCUCUUGUGGUGGUAACUGGUAUUUUUCUAAAAACUAAAACAGCUUUCUGCAUUUUUUUUUUUGUAUUGGGAAUGACCAUGAGGUGGAGGUGUGCAAUGGAAGUCUUUCACUGAACUCUGUCCUUGUUGUUUGUGACUUUUUUCUUUUCAUUUGUUGGGUUUCUGCUGUUCUUGAUGUUAAAUCCAAAACUGCAGUAACAGUUGCACUUCAGACUUAUCAAAGUGCUAUUAAUAGAAGCUUUUAUAGCUCUUAACCAAAUCUGCAAAAGCACCCGUAAGCCUGAAACACCAUUUCUGUAGUCGGAGUUGGACAGUUCUAUCUCGUUGUCGUCUGGCUUGAGCAAGAGCUGAGGAAUGUCAGUGAAGAAUUGCAAAGCCUAUAAGGUGAAGUGUAUGCCUGUUUUCAUAUGAAUCAUACUCUCAAUAUGUUAAAUAAUAAAAGACCCAGAAAGUGAUGAUGAUGUCCAAGAUGACAGGCAAAAUAAAAUAUUUACAUAAAAC